AUGGCUGCCAACAACUCAUUGGCUGGUGAUUUCUUGCCACGAAAGGUCAAGCUCAUUAUUACGCAGAUCCUGGUGAUGAUUUUUCUCUGCAUCAACUUGUUGCUCAUCAUGACUUUUUUUAAAAAGGAGUGCUUUCACACAAGUGCUCGCUACAUCUUAUUUGCUCUUACAUUACUGUCAGAUAGCUUCUUGUUAUUCAUGUCUGAUAUCCUGGUCAUCUGGGCCAUUUUUCAUUUAACUAUUCAAGUUUGGUUAUGUGUCAUUAUCUGUGCUGUGCUACUUCUUUAUGUUACAGUCACACCAGUUACUCUGACAGUAAUGACCCUGGAGUGCUAUGUGGCCAUUUGUAUGCCCCUGCGUCAUGGAGAGCUCUGCUCCACACGCAGCACUAUGCAUUGUAUCCUCAUUAUUCAUGGCCUCAGCUCUGUGCCCUGCAUUGUUAUUCUCUCCGCCUUCUUUGUAUCAGCAUCUCUUAGCUUCUACAAAAAAUAUCAGAUAUGUUCAGUUGAGAUUUUUAUAUUUCACACAUGGCAGGAUCAUCUUAGAUCAGCUUUAUAUCAGUUCCAGUUUUUGAUUAUGUGCAUCAUCAUUGUUUUCUGUUAUGUGAAAAUAAUGAAAGUGGCCAAAGCUGCAUCAGGAGAGAAUAAAAAGUCAACAAAGAAAGGGCUCAGAACAGUGCUUCUUCAUGGUUUUCAGCUGCUACUUUGUCUUAUCCAGCUGUGGUGCCCAUUCAUAGAAGCUGCUGUAUUUAAGAUUAGUUUUAGUUUAUUCGAAGAUGUCCGGUACUUUAACUACAUAAUGUUUUAUCUUGCUCCAAGAUGUCUGAGUCCUCUCAUUUAUGGACUCAGAGAUGAAGUCUUUUUUCAUGCACUGAAACAUUAUGCCUCUUUUGGUUUGCAUAAAAGAGAUAUUAUUUGA